AUGGCCACCGUCCCCCUUGGCUUUAACAUCGAUGCCCCGCGCUGGGACCAGAGCACCUUCGUGGGGCGCCUGAAGCAUUUCCUCAACAUCACCGACCCACGGACAGUGCUGGUGCCAGAGGAGGAGCUGGACCGGGCCAAGGCCCUCGUGGAAGGCUGCAGGGCUGGGCUGGUGCCACCGGGAAGCAGCCAGGAGCAGCUACUCUAUGCCAAGAAGCUGUAUGACUCGGCCUUCCACCCCGACAGCGGCGAGAAGAUGAACCUCAUCGGGAGGAUGUCCUUCCAGGUGCCGGGGGGCAUGGCCCUCACCGGCUGCAUGCUCCAGUUCUACCGGACGGUGCCUGCUGUGGUUUUCUGGCAGUGGGUGAACCAGUCCUUCAACGCCAUCGUCAACUACACCAACCGCAACGCUGCCUCCCCCAUCUCGCUGAGGCAAAUUGGGGUGGCUUACAUCACGGCCACCAGUACAGCCCUGGCCACUGCAGUGGGACUCAACCUCUACACCAAGAGAGCCCCCCCCUUGCUGGCCCGCUGGGUCCCCUUCGCGGCCGUGGCUGCUGCCAACUGUGUCAAUAUCCCCAUGAUGCGGCAACAGUAAGUGCCAUGUGCGGCUGGGGCACUUGAGGGACCCAGCUCCCUCCGAGGUGAGCCGGAGGCAGCUGGGCUCCUGGGCCGCUGGGUUGUCCUGCUGUGCUUUCCUGUCCUGGGGGCUGGAGGGGUUAUUUUGCCCAUCAUCAUGGAGCGACUGGAGAAAUUUCCCUUCAUGCAGCGGAUCCGGGUUCUCCAUGGGCCUCUACAGGUACUGCUGUGUGGGGGCUUCCUCCUGUUCAUGGUGCCGGCAGCCUGCGCCCUGUUCCCACAGACAUGCUCCCUUGCGCUGGCUGAUCUUGAGCCGGAGCUGCGUGAUAGCAUCAUGGCCAAGCAUGGAGACAAAGUGCCAUAUGUCUAUUUUAACAAGGGACUGUGA